UUUAGUUUAUAUUCUGCCCACAUACAACUCUUAGCCGAAAUGGCGUCCGUCACUUUAGGACAGCACCCUGCUCAACACCACCUCGACUCGGAUCAGCAACUAUUCCACAAACUGAAGUCGAGCGACAGGAAGAAAUUCACGCGUAAAUGGUCGCUGGACAAGAUCAUCACGCGAUACAGAGCGAGUGAUAUGGACAGCGGGAGAGCCGCAGUCUCAGCAUCGCUCGUGUUAUUCAAUCACGAGCCGCCUUCAGCAUCACACAGCCGUGGCGGCUCGCCACGUAGUAAUAUGGACGGACCUGUUGUGGACAUGGACCGAGAAAACGCAACCAAUAAUAACGGGAUAUUUCGCAGACACAGUGCCGGGAGCCGGAGAAGCUCGGUGAAGGACACGGCAAAGAUCCAUGCGUCUUCAUCCCCACAAGAAGUUCGCAAUGCCUCGGCGCGGUCAAACUUCAGCUGCCCGACAGACGAACUGGAAGGACUGGCGAUCGACAAGGUGACACAGGCGAGGUCGGGAGUAGUGAAGAUGCGAAGCGAGCCUCUCAGGAGGGAGGCAUGGUCCAUCUUCAACCAGAGAGACCCCAGGGUGAAGGCAGAGAGGGGAGAGGGCCACAUCUUCAUCUCCAGACGGCUGAGCCAAGACUGGUGCGACGCCUGCAACCGCCAAAUCAGCAGCGCUGCGCUAAAGUGUCAAAACUGCAGCUACACAUGUCAUUUGGAGUGUCAGGGGCUUGUUCAGCUGGACUGCAACCAACUAGAUCAGCCGACGGAGGAUGUGUCUACCCCCACUCCACAGAGGUCCGGCACCAAAGACCCUCAGGAGACGAGUGUCACAAGAGAGGAAGAGGAAGAGAAGCCAACAUCCAUCACAGAAGACGAGAUUAAAGCUAAAAUAGAUGACUACAACUCCAAAGUGACGGAGAAUGGAAUGAAAUUAAGCUCAGAUGGCACAUACACUGGUUUCAUAAAGGUUUACUUGAAGUUGCGCAGGCCCGUGACUGUAUUUUCUGUGGACGGGAAGUCGCCAGGACCGUGUUCCUCUUCUGAUAGUUCAGAUAACCGCACAUCCUUUUACUUGCCCAGCGAUGCCGUUAAACAGCUACACAUUAGCAGUACCACCAUGGUCAGGGAGGUCAUUCAGGGCCUGCUGAAGAAGUUCAUGGUACAGGAUAACCCACGCAAGUUUGCCCUCUACCGCCUGACCCGUCGAGACAGCCAGGAUCUUUUCCAGAAGUUGCCGUUAUCAGAAUGCCCACUCUACUUGAGGCUGUUAGCAGGUCCUGAUCUAGAGAACUUGUCUUUUGUACUCAAAGAAAAUGAGACUGGCGAGGUGGAGUGGCAUGCAUUUUCAGUCCCUGAGCUGCAGAACUUCCUGAUCAUCCUGGAGAAGGAGGAGAAGGAGCGAAUGCGGCAGGUGGAGCAGCGUUACGCUGCCUACAGGGAGAAGUUGCUACGGGCUCUGGGUCAAGUCGAGAGCAAACCGGGCUAAUGUAGGACAACGAAUCUCCUUCACCCCACUGAGCCAACACUGGGCCAGCCUGGAGGACCAGUAGCCCAACAGACGAACUCAAAACCUCAGGACUUUGUACAAGCUCUCAGCAUGCUUCUGUGACCUUUAACCCCCAAAGACGGGCGAAGGGAUCGAGACAUGACUAAGACGAAGAGGAGGUUGGAACUAAAGAUUAGUACUUCAAGAGUAAUCCUUCUCUCCAGAAAUGGCACACUGUUGAAAGCCCAGGAAUAUGUUUCUGGCAGUCAUGCUUUUUGAUAUGAAUGGGUUUCGUUUUGUUUUUUCUCAUUGUUUUUACAUUGACCCUGUCUGUUUGCAUUUUUUACAUGCUGCUGCUAUUGCUGCUACUGCAAGUGUUACUUAAAGCAUGACUUUCCCUUUGGUCUCUCUGCUUGUGUCUACUGCAUGUCCUCUAUCAGGGAAUAUCUAUAUGAAAGAGUGGAGUAAAAAAAGCACUUCCUGUCCGAAAAGGAAGUGGGGAGACUUAAAUUAUAGAAAAUAUGAUGCCAGCGAAAUAUCAGAGGACAAAUAGGCUGCACUUCUCUGUCAUGAAGCUCACUAGCCACUAUAUCUAUAAAAAAAAGUGUUUGAAUAGAUAUGGGCUGCUGAGCAUGUUCAGACGCAGACAUUUUGAGCUCCUCUGGUCCCACGUCGACUGCUACUCUCUAGAAAAAGACCGUUCGGUUGUCCCAUGAAAGUUUUUAAAAAUGCUCA